UUGAAAGCGUCUAAUUUCGGUGGAAGAGGUUAAGUUCUGUGAAAAGAAAAGUGAAAAUGAACGUGAAAUCAAAUUAUACAAACAUUACGAACGGCACAGCCAAGUGCAAGCAUUGCGAGAGAAUAAUAAAAACAAGUGGCAAUUCGUCGAACUUAUCCUCGCACUUGCGAAAUAAGCAUUCCGAAAUUUUCGCAACAUGCGGUCAAAAAAAGCUGUCAGCGACAUUUGAUAAAGUGGUCACAAUAAGUGAAUCGUUUAAGAGUGCUGCAGCCUUUAAAGAAAAUGGACACAAGACAAAGGAGAUCAGUGAAGCCAUUAUAUACAUGAUAUGUAAGGACAAUAUGCCAGUCCGAUGCGUUGAAAAAGAGGGCCUGAGAGGACUCCUUAAAAAGUGUGUGCCGCAUUUUAAAAUGCCUUCCAGAUCAACGGUAACAACAAUGAUUGAAGAAAAAUACAUCCAGUGCGUUGGAGCUGUGGUGAAAAUUCUGAGCAGCGUACAGGACUUUGCGUUUACCUGCGACGCCGUCACCAUACCAAACUCGACUCGCUCGUUCCUUACCAUCACGGCGCAUUUUAUUGCAAAUGAUUCGCUAAAUGCAAUCUGCCUUGCAGCGUCAAGAAUGGAUCAGUCGCAUACCAGUGAUUAUGUCUCCUUUUUGUUGGAAGAGACGUGCGCCGAAUUUCAAAUAGAUGCAAUUAAGUGGACAACUCUCACGACAGACAGCGCAAGCAACAUGAAGUGCGCUUCCAAACUGUUUCUUGGGGUAAACAAACAUGUGCCGUGUUUUGCCCACAGCAUUAACCUUGUAGUAGAUGCAACUAUCAAGGAGAUAAGUUCAUUUUCCACAAUCGUCGAUAAAAUAAAAAGGGUGGUCAUGCAUUUUAAACAUAGUCCAGCUAUGAUGGACCAACUAAGAAAGGCCCAAACGAAUGAGGGAACUCCCGAGGGAAAAAUCAAAACCCUCAUACAAAAUGUAGACACCAGGUGGAAUUCUUGCCUGGACAUGAUGGAGUCCUUUUCAGGCUUAGCGAACAAGGUGGCUCUUAUUUUGCUACAAAAAUCAGAACGUGUCAAAGGACUCCCCGAAAUGCUCAAUGUGUCAGAGCUAACGAUAUGUCGAGAUCUAUGUAGUCUCCUUCAACCUUUCAAAAAGGCAACGGAGCAAAUAAGUGGAGAAAAUUACGUGACAGUAAGUUUAGUAAUACCACUUAUAUCAAUGUUAGCAGAUAAAGUUAUAGCUCUGAAAAUGGAGACGAUUGAAGGCAUGCGAGCCAAGGAAGCACUUAUCAGAAUUUCUGAGAAAAAGUUUCAGCCGUUUAAGAAAAAUCCCAUUUUGGUUAAGUCGACCUUUUUAGACCCUAGGUUUAAAAAAAUGUAUUUGGAGCCUUUAACGGUUAAGGAUGCCAUUAGAGAUAUUUCAAUUGAAAUCAAUAACUUUACUGUUGAGGGAAGGGUUUCCGAUGUCGCAAAACCGGAUGAUGUAUUCGACGAUUUCAUGAGCUCGCACAAUAGCUCGAUCCUGAAAGAGGUUCGCAGUGCGUCUGAGGAAAAUAAGGAGCUGAAACUCUACUUCAGCUUGCCUCAAGCUGCGUGGGAAAGCAACCCUUUAGACGUUUGGAAGUCCCAUAAAGCGACCAUGCCGGGACUUUAUAAAGUGGCCCUCAAACAUUUAAUAACCCCGGGUAGUUCGGUGCCGUCGGAGCGGCUGGCAUCGGCUAUCAAAUGUGUUGUGUGCGACGCGAGAAGUAGGAUGACGGACAGACACAUAAAACAACGAGUAUUUUUGAAAUCUCUGAGUCCCAAAUAUUGGGUUUAAUUUUGAAUGUUAUGAAGUUAAGUGAAUAUCAUGAAGUUAAGUUUAACAUUGAAUGUUACAAAGUUAAGUUGAAUAUUGAAUUUUGAAUGUUAUGAAGUUAAGUGAAUAUCAUGAAGCUAAGUUUAACAUUGAAUGUUACAAAGUUUAAUUUUGAAUCUCAUAAAUUUAAGUUUAGUAUUGAAUCUCAUAAAUUUAAGUUUAGUAUUGAAUCUCAUAAAUUUAAGUUGAGUAUUGAAUCUCAUAAAUUAAGUUGAGUAUUGAAUCUUAUGAAGUUUAGUUUAUUUUU